UGAUUCUAACCGCCUGGUACUCAUUUCAAGCAAGUGUCAGUUGAAUGAAAUUCACUGCUGUGCUGGUAAUCGUGUGAAUUUAACUGAAAACGCGCAUUUGAACAGGCCGCGCAGAGCAAAACAUGCUGCAGGAACGAGUCGUUUCAAGUAAAGAGUUGGGGCAGUUUUAGAGUUGCUCAGAAAACACAUAUUGGGGUCAAUAUUUACAAAAGCAGGUUAGUGAUUAACUGUCUGGGUAGCAGCAGCUGCACAGAGUCCCAGACAACCUGAUCUCACAGAACACAGGGAGCGAGCAGCUCGGUAACUCUGUCGGCUUCACAAUGCUGUGCGUCCGGGCCUGGAGACGUCUGAGUCCCCUGCGCAGAGGAGGUCCCUUGUCAGCAUGGAAACGAACCCAGAGCUACACAGUAGCUGCGAGGUUGGACCUCAGUGGGAUUUAUCCUCCCAUUGCCACUCCGUUUACCGCCAAAGAGGACGUAGACUACCAGAAACUGGCGGAAAACCUGCAGAAAUAUGCCGAGAUACCUUUCAAAGGCCUGGUGGUUCAGGGCUCCAAUGGUGAGUAUCCAUACCUGACAGAGGAAGAACGGGUGGAGGUGGUGAAGACAGUCAGACGAUCGCUGCCGGCAGACAAACUGCUGAUGGCCGGAUCAGGCUGUGAAUCUACAAGAGCCACAGUCCAGCUCACAGAGAAGAUGGCGGCAGCCGGAGCCGACGCCGUCCUCGUGGUAACGCCCUGCUUCUACAAGGGCAAGAUGGACAGCCGAGCUCUGAUCCAGCACUUCACAAAGGUGGCGGACAGCAGUCCUGUGCCGGUAGUUCUGUACAGCGUACCGGCCAACACAGGUCUAGAGCUGCCGCUGGACGCUGUGAUGCAGUUGUCUCAGCACCCAAACAUCUUGGGCCUUAAAGACAGUGGAGGAGAUAUCUCACGGAUCGGCCUGAUUGUGCACAAAACCAAAACGCAGGAUUUCCAGAUGUUGGCGGGCUCAGCAGGGUUUCUCAUGGCCGCUUAUAGUGUCGGUGCUGUUGGCGGAGUGUGUGCGCUGGCUAACGUGCUUGGCCGAGAGCUGUGUGAGUUGGAGCGUCUGUGUGUGUCCGGUCACUGGGAGGAAGCCAAAGUCCUACAGCAGCGCCUCAUCGAGCCCAACGCCGCUGUGACCAGGAAGUUGGGAGUUCCCGCCCUCAAGCAGGCGAUGGAGUGGUUUGGUUACCACGGAGGUGCCUGUCGAUCACCUCUUCAGCCGCUCACAGAGGCAGAGACUCAGCAGCUGAGGCGGGACUUCUCCUCCAACGGCUGGCUGUGAGGUGACCUGGGCAGAGUGUAUGUGUGUGUUCAGUUGUGUUCAGUCAGUGUGAUAGGACACGGGGAGGGAGGGCACACCAAGAAAAUAUCAAAAACUUUUAUCAAGUAAGUGUGCAGGCAUUACCUUUUUUUCAUUUUCUGUUUCCUGUUUUUAAUUAUAACAAAAUCUUAAAGUUGUGCAUAAUUAAGGACUUUGAGUGGAAAGUGGGUGCCCUCUCUGGUGGCUAGCAGCUACAUGGUUCAGCAACCAGGCUUCAUUCGACCCACCUCUUUGCCCAGUUUUUGAUUAGCCAGACUCAGGCACUGCCAAGAUGGCAACGGUGGAGCCGCCUGGAGCUUCACAAUGGCUCUUCAGAAACCUAUAGGUGACGUCACGGAAACAACGUCCAUGUUUUAUACAGCCACAACACAUCCAUAUAUGUCGUAUUAGACUGGGUAUUAAUUGCUAAUGAAAAAACAUGAUAGAAAACUAUAGAUUCUGAAAAACAACUUCCCUGCCCACUCCUCAUGUUGUUAUUAAAGAAAUUACACUAAAAUAAAUCAGCGUCAUACAAUCAAGUUGCUUCUCUGCUGCACCUCAGUACAAAAAUGCAGUAAACUGUAAAGUUACAGAAAUAUUAUGACAGAAAUGUUGAAUGUGCACUUGUUUUGACAAUAAAACAUGCAUUUCACUUAAAUAAUA